UGAAAACAUUAGGUCUAGAUUAGUAGAUUCUAGUUCACAACAACCUCAGCUUUUCAUCGCAAUGAGAAGUUAAAAAGAAUCUAGAUCAUCUAGAACUAGACCUAGUCUAGUUUUAAUAGAUCUUGGUCUACUUAUCAGACUUAUGUAACUGAUAAAAUUGUAAGUGAUUCACAUAUUUUGGCAAGAAACAACAUUUGAAAUAGCUGUUAUAUAAACUACUGUUUGACAAUGAGCUUUGAAAGUCAAGAAUCAGAUGUUUACCCAGUGGAAGAUGACAAGAAGCGGGACUCUAGCAGAAAAAGAGAUGGGAAGAAAGAGAAAAAGGAAAAGGGCUAUCAGAUGUUUGAAGAGGAGGACUCUGAAGAAGAGCGACUUGUUCUUGCAGAAGAAAUAAAAAGUCCCAGCAAAGUAAAGAAAGAAAAACUUAAACCAAGUUUCAAGUUUCCAGUACCUGUAAGGAAAGAGAAAACUAAAGAAAAGGAAGAGAAAAAAGACAAAGAGGCAAAAGAAGAUAAAGAGAAAAAGAAAGAAGAUAAGAAAAAGAGCAAGUUAAAAGACAAAAAGAAAUUAAAGCCUGGACCUCACGACUCCGCUAAUGUCAUUGUAGAAGCAAGUGUCAAUGAGAAUCCAAUAUUUGGUGUAGCUUUAGCAUUGGCUGUAGAAAGGAAUAAAUCUCAUGAUGGUAUUGAGUUACCAGCUAUUGUCCGAGAAUGUAUUGAUUACAUUGAGGAGUGUGGUCUGGCCUGCGAAGGUAUUUACAGAAUCUCAGGUGUCAAAUCUAAAGUCCAACACCUUAAAGACUGUUACAAUAGACACCAACCAGUUCAUUUGUUUGAACAUGAGCCCAACAUAGUCGCUAGUUUACUGAAACAGUUUUUGAGAGAUCUGCCUGAACCUGUGCUGACCACAGCUCUUAUGCCAAAGUUUGAAGAGGCAUCAACUUUUAAAAACAACAAGAAGAAAGUGGAAGCCUUCAGUAAACUGAUAGCUGAUCUGCCAACUUGCAACAGGCUGUUAUUGAGUUGGAUGAUUGUCCAUAUGACUCAUGUCAUUGAACUGGCUAAAGAGAACAAGAUGACUUUACAAAAUGUCAGUAUAGUAUUGAGUCCCACCAUGCAGAUCAGCCACAGGGUUCUUAAUGUUCUCUUUUCCAAUGUUACUGAACUCUUUGGGGAUGUUUUGUUGCGCAAGUACAUUCCACCUUUAAAACCAGCACAUUCAAAAUGGUCUCUAGAGUUACCAGACAACCCUUCAGCUUUAGAAGAAGAAUUGGCCAAGCAGGAGUCAUUACUGAAUCAACUUCAUGCCGAAGUGAAUUCUGGGAGAGAGGAUGAAAUGACAGUAGAGCAACUUUGGGAAGUGCAGAGAGUAGUCACCCAGCUGAAAAGAAAGAUCAAGACAGCCAAAAAGAAUGUGGAGAUGGCUGAGAGAAGACGAACAAAUCUGGAAGCAAAGAGGUCUUCCACUGCAUCCAUUCCAUCUUUAAGUGCCCCCGAAGAUCUGCAGCUCAGUCUUAGGCUUCCUCCAGAACAGCAUCCAUCUGUCACCACUGUCACUGCAGUAGUUGAAAAACAUCCUGACAGUGAGAUGGCAAACCAUGCUGACAGUCACACUGAAGUUAAAAAGGGAGUUAAGUUUGUUGAAAGUACAAAGAAGACUAGAGCCCCACAGAUUGGGGAAAUUAAAAAAAUAGAAGAUGGCAAGAAGAUUAGAGACGGGGAGGAACUCUCUGAAAAGGCUGAGACCAAACCUGCCGAGGCUGAAGUUGAAACUGUAAAAGAGAAGGUCGAGAAAAAGACCACAGACAAAGAAUCUGAGAUUCAAACCAGCAAACAUACUGAAGAUGCUGAGCAUUUAAAUGAGAAAGAGGCUUCCACAGAGGAAAAGAGAAGUUCUCACUCUGUAGAUACUUCAGAUAAAGGUUUAAUUGAGAAAGAGAACAAGGCACUGGAUGCCGCCAGUGAUGUUACAGCUAAUAAACCUCAGGAUACGACACAAGUGCUCAAGUCAACCACUGAAAGUCAGGAAGCAUCUGAAAUCACAGCAGGUAUUAAAGAUGAGCCUAAAGCAGAGAAGGAAGCAUGUGUAUCAGGGGAAACCAUCAAAGAACAAACACCUGUUACAGAAGAUGUUGUAUCAGCUAAGGUAACCAAAGAGCUUAAGCCCACCACAGUAGCUGAAGAGGUUAAACCUAUUAAAGUUACAGAAUCCGCUAAUUUGACUGAAGAUGCUAAACCUGGUAAGGUCACAGAAGAUGUUAAAUCAGAUAAGAUCCCUGAAGGCACAAAAUCUGCUAAGGCCACUGACAAAGCUUUACCUGCUAAGGUCAUUGAAGAUGAUAAAACUGCUAAUGUCAAUGAGGAUGAUAAAUCUGCCAUAGUAAGUGGCAUGGAGAAGUCUGUUAAAGUCCCAAAAGUGGAAGAAGCAGCACACCAAGAACCAAAGCCACAGAAAGAGGAAGUGCCACCCAAGCCAUCCUCUAAAGUUGAGUAUGUGUACAGGAAGCCCCCGAAUCCUCCAUUUAUGUCCACAGCAUUGCUGCAGCCUAUGAAAGCAGAGAUCCCUAAACCCAAACCACCUUCUGAAGCCACUGAUGACAAGAAAGAACACAUUCGUAAGUCGGAGGAACUGCGGGAACUGGAAGAGGAGUUACUGGGAGAGAAGAAGAAAAAGAUUAUGGAGUCCAAUGAUGAAGAAUAUGAUAUUCCUGAUGAUGUUGAUAUAGAACAACUUUUGGAUGAAGAAUAUGCCUUAAAACUGGAAGAAGAGGAACUACUGGCUAUAGCCGAUGAGUUGAGACAGAAGAUUGCCACUGAGCGCAGUGAGAUGGAGCGUCUGGCUCAGGAGAUACAGGAACUACAGUAUUUGCGGCAGGACUCUGACCUUGAGGACCUUAGCAGCAGUUCUUCCUCCAGCGAGGAAAGCGAGGAUGAGGAUGACCUUCAAGAGCUGCUUGACCAGCUUAUCCAGGACAAUGAAAAGCUGGAAAUGAACAAUGCAGAUCUCUGCCAGAAGAUUCAUGAAGAGAGAAUGAUUUGCCUCAGUGUCAAACUUCAGAUACGUCUUCUACAGCAGAAACAUUUAGAAUCCUCUUAUGGCUGAUGUACCCUUCUUAGUUGGCUUUGUAUUAAUUUGCUUGUUAUUUCCCCUGAUUUGAUGUUAUCCUAAUGCACUGAAUAUUUAUUUAUUUUUUAUUUGUCUUGUUCCUGCCCCAUUUUGAUGCAUUCAUUUUAAUAUGAAGUACUGCAAUACUGCUUCUUUAUCAAGGUCAUCACUUUUAAUUUUUGUUGUAACUUCACUGCCUAAUAUAUACAUGCCUGCACUUUCAUCCUCCAAUUUAGAAAUCCAUUCUACAUAAGAAAUAUUUUAAUACUUAGGAUUAAGGUUUCAGACUAGUUCCAUACAGAAACGGUCUUUUAUUUAAAUCACAAACUAACACGAAUAGCUAGUAGGUAUCCUACAUCAAAUUUGGAGGCUAGAAAUGUCGCGGAAAUACUUUCUAUAUAAAAUAUAACCAAAAUGGUACAAUUGAUACGUUAUUUUGGUUCCAUACCAAAUAGUUUAUUUCUCUGAAGUUUAUUGGUAUGUAUUAAUGAAAUGUUUAAUUUGUCAUCACUUUAGUAGAGCCUUAGUUUUCUAAGCUUUUUUUUUUUAAAUAAUGUUUAAUUUGUAGUCAUUUAUUUGUAGUGGACCAAGGGAGACAACAUCUGAUAAAUGAAAUGGAGUCACAUCAUUCACCAUUAUUCAGUGAUUUACUAUUUAGCUUCUCACUUACAAGAAUGACUUUCAUGAAAUAGCAAGUCUGUAUUCUGCAUCAAAGAGUGGCUGAAGACCUUAAGUUUAAAUCUUGGCCUGGCAGGUCAGAAUUUGAAGACAAUUCUGUCAAAAACAUGUCAUAAGAUAUACUGGUUCAUUUGUAGGUCUCUUGUUUUGCUAUACUAAAUCUUGUUAAAUUUCGAAAGCCAUUGUUUGAUAAAUAGUGCAUUUGUGUUUAGCUCUUAAUAAGAAUUCUACUUUCCUACACUAUUUCCUGUUGGGUCUUCUCUAGCUUUUGGGUGUAUUUCAUGGCAUGAUGGCUGGAUAAUAAUUUUGUGAUGAAGUUCAUAAGUUGUUUAUUUAUUUAUUUUUUUUUUACACCUUCAUCAAUGUGUUCUUUAAUUUUCUAGUCAAGAAUUAAAGAUUUUAAUGUCAACUGUUUAUGUUACAUUUGCUUGGAGGUACAGAUGUUCAUUAUAAUGUAUGCUGUAAAGAAACUGAAACAUGAAUGUAUAUCAGCUAUAAAUCGAUACUUGCUAACUCAAUCACAAUAUAUUACUUGAUCAUGAAUAAAAUUGAAUAGUCUUACAUUUAAA